AUGGUCUCACUAUUCGGAUGGGGCUCAAGCCCAAAACCCGAGGUGAUCCAGCCAACACCUCAAGAAAAACCGACAGCGGAAGAAUCCGCACCCGCAGCACCACCAGCACAAACACAAUUAGCACAACCGCCUUCUCCCCAAACAAACACAAACCUCAAACUGUUCUUCGGAGGAAUGACCUUCUUCGCGCUCUCGGUAUUAGUCACGCGCCGUGCGUUCCAUAAGAAACGCAUCUCGUGCAUUCCGCCUUUCUACACAAGCUCGGUAUAUCACCAGCCGCACUCGAACUCGGCGGGCGAUGCGUUUGAGGCUCUGAAUCUUGCUACACUUAAUGUGGUCUCGUUUGGGUUGAUGGCCGGUGGUGCUGUUGGGUGGGCUUUGAAUAUUAAUGGGCUUGAGGAUAUGCGGAGGUUUGUGCGGAAUGGUUUGCAGGGUGGUAGCGAUACGCCUGUGAAGAGUGAUGAGGAACUUGAGCAGGAGGUGACGGAGUGGGUUGCCAAAAUCUUGGGUGAUAAGUUUGAGAAGCAGUUGGAAAAGGAGAAAAUGAAGAGGGCGUUCCGGGAGGAGAAGGUUGUUCAGGAUACGAAAGAGAACUGA